GGCGGGCUCGCGCUGCUGAGACAGGCAGAGCUCCGAGGACCGGUGGCGCGCGCUCACAGACUCCCACUCAAGCCACACACACACACACUCCCUAAACAAAGAGAAGCACGCGAGGCAGCACAGCAUCCCACCCUUUCAGCCGCGAGCUCACUUGCAGAACCGCCCCCCCAUCGCUCUCAGACAGAACCGGUCCGAAGCUCGAGCGCACAGAACCGACAAUGACAACUAACGGCGCGUCUAACGGAACCAGCGACAUGCUGCAGAUCCAGUUCGGCCUGAUCAACUGCGGGAACAAAUACCUAACGGCAGAGACCUUCGGUUUCAAAAUCAAUGCCUCCGCCACGAGCAUGAAGAAGAAGCAGAUCUGGACUCUGGAGCAGAGUGGAGACGAGUCCAGUGGGAAUGUGUUCUGCCUCAAGUCACAUCUGGGCCGGUACAUCGCCGCCGAUAAGGACGGGAACGUUACCGGAGACAGUGAGACCCCGGGCCCGGAGUGCCGGUUCAUCAUCACCGCCCACGAUGACGGCCGCUGGUCCCUGCAGUCUGAAGCGCACGGCCGCUACCUGGGCGGCACCGAGGACCGAAUCAUCUGCUUCGCCCAGACCGCCUCUGUGGCGGAGAAAUGGAGCGUGCACAUUGCCAUGCACCCGCAGGUGAACAUCUUCAGCAUGACGCGCAAGCGGUACGCGCACCUGAGCGCUAAGGUGGACGAGAUUGCCAUCGACCGGGAUGUCCCAUGGGGGGUAGAUUCCAUGAUCACGCUGGUGUUCCGCGAGCAGCGCUACCACCUGCAGACCUCCGACAACCGCUUCCUGAGGAACGACGGCGCGCUGGUCGCCACCACGGACAAGAGCACGGGCUACACGCUGGAGUUCCGCUCCGGCAAGGUGGCGUUCAGGGACUGUAGCGGCAGGUACCUCGCGCCCUCUGGGCCCUCUGGUACCAUGAAGUCCGGCAAGAGCGCGCGCGUGGGCAAGGACGAGCUGUUCGUGCUGGAGCAGAGCCACCCACAGGUCGUGCUCACCGCUGCCAACGAGAGGAACGUGUCCACCCGGCAAGGUAUGGACCUGUCAGCCAAUCAGGACGAGGAGGGCGACCAGGAGGUGUUCCAGGUGGAGAUCUGUCGUGAAAACAGAAAGUGCGCAUUCCGGACUGCCGCUGGGAAAUACUGGACCCUGACUGCUAAUGGCGGCCUGCAGUGCACCGCCUCCACCAAGUCAGCUAAUUGCUACUUUGACAUUGAGUGGCGUGGGAAGAGGCUGACUCUUCGGGCUGCUAAUGGGAAAUAUGUCGCCGCCAAGAAAAACGGCCAGCUAGCAGCCACCAUCGACACUGCCGGUGAGUCAGAGGAGUUCAUCAUGAAGCUGAUUAACCGUCCAAUCAUCGUGCUGCGUGGGGAGCACGGCUUCAUCGGCUGCAGGAAGGUGACGGGCACACUGGACUCCAACCGCUCCUCCUAUGACUACUUCACUCUGGAGUUCAGAGACGGAGCCUACAGCCUGCAAGACUCGACGGGUAAAUAUUGGAUGGUGGGAAAUGAGCAGUCGGUGGUGAGCAGCAGUGACACACCCGUCGACUUCCUCUUCGAGUUUUGCGACUACAACAAGUUGGCCGUCCGCCAUGCCGCUGACAAUAAGUACCUCCGCGGCGACCACGCCGGAGUGCUGAAGGCCAAUGCCGAUGACCUGGAGACCGCCACGCUCUGGGAGUACUGAGGGAAGCAUGGAUGCGGUUGCCCACUGCUGCGAUGCUGAUGAAUGAAUGAAGUGUGGCGACGCAGCACUACCCAUCCAUACAUCUACCUAUCCCCCAUUCCCUUCCAUUCCUUAUAUUAUAUCCUGUACUUCUGACUUUAUGUGUAUGAACUGCACAGAGAGAACAGGAAGGAUAGAAAAAGAGGGAAGGAGGCACUCCUCUCCUCUGUCCUGCCUCCCUUUCCUUCCCUUCAUCCUUCCUUCCUCCCUUUCCCAACUCUGCUCUGCAGCGCUGACCUUUAUCUGUUGCCAUAGUUACCGUGGGGCUGUGCACUUUUUAUCUGCUCCGAUCUGGUUCGCUGCUCGACCUGUCACUCCCUCCCUCCUCGCCUUACGAUUGGGCCAUCCCUCUCCCAGAGCAGAGCAGAGCCACGCUUACAGAGCCCCCCCCCCUCUGAGUGACUCCCCUUGUCCUUCUUCUUCGUCUCUAUUGUCUGUGUGAGCAGCACAUGGUGGCAGUAUUUAUGGUGUCUGACCUGGUCUGCUAGAUGUGUUUCUACCUGAUCUAAUCUGCCACAACAGACCCACCUCCAGACAAAAUCUACUUCGGCUGCUUCCUGUUAGCUGCAUAAAAUGGGUCUGUUUUUGAGUGGCUGGGUCCGAUUUCCUGCUUCUAUCAGACCAGGUCUAGUAUGUUUGUUUUCAUGAGCAGGCACUGUUGCCUCUGUGUGAUGACCAUGUGGUAUAACUGGAGCGGAUCUGAUGAUGAUAAAGAUCAUCGAAGAUGAUGUAACUGACGGGUUUAACUGCCCUCUUUUCAUCUCAAAUGUAAAAUACUGAAAUGUAAACCAGUUUCCUGUGUUCUCUAGCUGUGUUCUCAUUGGUUGGCGGGGAUUGUCCUGGGCCAAACAGGAUGUAGGAAGUCAAAACUCCCUUUGUCUCCCUUCCACAAACUAAACCCAUUGUCCCGAGAACAUUAUAAAGAAAAUAAAAUUAAAAAUGGUGCGGACACAUAUGUUUACUGCACUUGCCUGUCUUACUGGAAGAAAAAACACACCUGCUAACACACAGUCGGAUUAAUUUCUUUUUCCAUGUCCAAGGCACAGACAUUAUCAUAGGUAGGUGUGCAGUAAGUAGCCUUAGCAGCUGUGGUGAAAUGAUAUAUAGACCCUUUUCAAAGCUGCUCUUUGAAUCCCUCAACCAAACUUAGACCUCAGCCUUUAUCUGCACCAAAACUUUGUUACUGGAUCAACAAACUUGUCAUCUCACACACAAACUGACCAAACUGGAACCUGGUGCUACUAACUCAUGACACAUUAAGAAAUGUUUGAGCCCUUUUGAGCCUCUCACACACCAUCUGGACCAACAGGUAGUGAUUUCCUGCCAUGUCUCUGCCCCUGCCCUUGAGAGCCUUGUCCUGUAACCAAAAGGGCCUCAAGAGUGCCCUUCAUAACUUAAAUCUGCUUCGUCUUUGUUUUUCAUUUCUGUCAGAACUUUGAAAAGUAUGAGGACAGCGUUGUCAAUGAGAAAUGACUAUAUUGUUUUUGUUGGGUUUUUCUGUUCCUGACUCAUCAGUGAAGGUGGGGCAGGUUAUAUGGUUUAAGAAAAGAAAGAAGCAGACUUGUCAUGUAGCACAUUGCACCCAUGGGUCCUGCACUCUUUGAUUCUCUGCCCCUCCUGCUUUCUCCAUAAUAAACCAAGCAACAGUGGUUUCAGUCUACUGGUUUUUACAAUCCAGUAAAGUUAUUUUGGAACUGGGCCAUGAAUUACUGGGCUCUUCCAUCAGUCAUCUCAAUCUUCAUCAAGCAUUCCUCUGAUGUGAAAAUCAGGAUGGUAACCAGUCAUUGUAGCCCCAUGAAAUGAUACAUGAUUGUAGCAAGCCCCUCACCAAGUCUGUCCGGUUUUCUCUCUGAAGUUUUGACCAUUUUUGCAUGAAGGGUUGAGAAUCUCGAGCAAAUGAAAGGAGGGGGUUAUCCUCCGAGAAACAGCAGCUCCAAGGUAACCAAGACCAAGGCUUAGACAAGCGGAUGUGGAAGGGUAAACAUGUGGUAAUGACUGUGCCUUACUCUUGAGUUUUUGGGCAGUAGGAAAGUAAAAGAUUUAAAAAAGAAGAAUAAAAAGUCCACAUCUUUGCUUUGUAUAACUGGAACUUCUUUUUGUAUUAUUAUUUUGUAUAAUUUUUGAUAUUGUGGAUUAAUCUCUCUCUCGUGCCAUUGGUUCACCUGAAAUCCAACAACCAAUAAAACUGGUAUUUGGAA